AUGGGAGAAUGGGAGAGAGGGGCAUGGCCUGGUGGAUCUGGGCAGUGCGUAUGUCGGAUUUGGGCGGCGUGGGGAUCAAAUAGAGACGGCGGCGGCAUGGGAGAAUGGGAGAGAGGGGCAUGGCCUGGUGGAUCUGGGCAGUGCGUAUGUCGGAUUUGGGCGGUGUGGGGAGAUCAAAUAGAGAGACGGCGGCGGCAUGGGAGAAUGGGAGAGGGGCAUGGCCUGGUGGAUCUGGGCAGUGCGUAUGUCGGAUUUGGGCGGCGUGGGGAUCAAAUAGAGAGACGGCGGCGGCAUGGGAGAAUGGGAGAGAGGGGCAUGGCCUGGUGGAUCUGGGCAGUGCGUAUGUCGGAUUUGGGCGGUGUGGGAUCAAAUAGAGAGACGGCGGCGGCAUGGUAG